AUAUUUCUUCAACUCUUUCCUUCUCUCUCUCUCUCUCUCUGUGUGUGUGAUGACAACACUUUCCUCUUUUCCUUUCACCACCGUCAACCUCCCUCGUCCGGGCAACCAUUGCCCCGUUUUCCGACGACGACGGUUUCAAUACUGCAAAAAAGCAGGCACGGUGCGAUGUAACAAUAAUAAGGGGAAGGAGGCAAGAAAUGAUUUGGGCAGCGGCGGCAUGCCUGGAAAUGUGGUGCUGAAGGUGGCUUGGUAUGGUACUGAGCUUCUGGGAGUUGCUGCUUCUCUCCUCCAAUCUCCGGCGGCUGAUAGGGAAACCCAAGGCGGAGAAGGAAAUAGGGAGCUGGUCUGUGACGAGUCCGGAGCGGUUGAACGAUCCGCUGUCGUGGCUGCCAUCAAAGACGACUUCUUGAGAUCAUACUUUGUCACAGGGAAGGUGACGAUGGGUGUGUAUGAAGAGGAUUGUGAAUUUGCAGACCCAGCAGGGGGUUCCUUCAAAGGGCUGCGCAGGUUCAAGAGGAACUGCACCAAUUUCGGGUACCUCGUCCGAAAAUCAAACCUCAAACUUGUCAAGUGGGAGGAUUUUGAGGAAAAGGCGAUUGGGCACUGGCGUUUCAGUUGUGUUUUGGCUUUCCCAUGGAAACCCACACUUUCAGCAAGUGGUUAUACGGAGUAUUACUUGAGCGCGGAGUCGGGCAAAGUAUGGAGGCAUGUUGAGCACUGGAAUGUACCAAAGUUGGCUUUGUUCAAGCAACUUCUAACCCCCAAAUUACGCUCCUAAUUGAAUUAAUUGAUUCAUUUGGCUUAAGAACGUGCAUGAUUGUGCCAUCAUGUAAUAUUUGGACUAUUUUAGGCCCAUCAACUAAUUAUCCCUCCGUCCUAAUUUAAAUUGUGUGUUUCCAUUUACGAUAUUGAUUGAAGUUAGUAUCAAUGCAAUUCAUUAGAAAGUUGGUGUGAAACUAAAAAAAAAUAAAUUUUACAUAUUAAAAAACUAUAUCAAAUGAUUUACAAAAAAAGGAGUGACAUGAUU